AUGAAACUGCUAGUCAACAUUCCUGAAAUGCUCAUCCAAAGCUCCAGUAAACAAUACACAUCGCAGAAGUAUGGCAAAUCUAAAAACGUCACCGUCGCUUUCUUCAUCAACGAUCUUCCAGACGAGAUCCUCAUCCGGGUGUUCAACUUCUUCAGACCAAUAGAAGACGAACUUCCUCUUCUGGCCAUGGUCUGUCGGAAAUGGCGCCGAAUUCUACAGACAACAAGCCAGCUAUGGCGCGAUUUAUAUAUAGACCCCUCAGGUUACCAGUACUAUCAUUUCAGCAUGGUAUGUUGUGUGUUUCGGGUAUACGGUUUCCAUGUCCAGAGACUGACCUGGUAUAAAAACUCUCCAGUUUAUGAAAGUAUGUUUGCGUUGAUACCUAGGCUGUACAACUUACGAUAUUUACGACUGCCGAUUCUAUGGACGCGUGCAGUAGUUGAAAGUCUUCAAAAUCUGAACCAUCUGGAACAUGUGCAAAUUAAUGGAGGUUUUGCCUUGACCGAUGGCGAUCUAGAACUUAUUGCGGAAUCAUUCCCCAACCUCCGUGACAUUUCUCUUAAUGCCUGUUGGAGAGUGACAUCACAUGGCGUGAAUAGGUUUCUUUCAUCUCUGAAACAUUUAGAAACCUUUAAGCUAAAAAUCAACUCAGGGCUUCCGUUGAAUGACCUCCGCAGCGAGACGGCCAUGCAAGAAGGCUGGAAUAUUGUACAUUCUAUCUCAGAGAGUGCGGAUGUGCAUCAUCUGAGUGUCCUGUGUCUUCAUUUUGUGCCCAUUGAGAUGGACGAGCUGUGGACUGUGGUCAAGCGACUGACCAAAUUAAGGAAGCUGAGCAUCAGCAACUGCGAGCAUCUUCAUGGUAUCCGGCUGGUCUCCGGGUCGCUUCAGAAGUUCUACCUCUUCAACCUCUGGAAUGUUCUGUUUGUUAGCGUCAACACGCCGGAACUACGUCAUGUUACCAUCGACCAUGGGCUGGAGUCGAUGGAACACUUGGAGAUUUUCGCGCCAAGACUUCGAAAAGCCACGAUCGAUGGAAGCAAUGUUCUCAGAACCAUUAAUGUCAAGAGCGACAAAUUGUGUUUCCUAGAGUUGUCCAACUGUGAGGUCCUGGACAUGAGGAACCUCAGGGACGCUCUCAGGAAAAACUCCAACCUGGUCUGUCUCCGAGUCGGCUGUCUGAGUCAGGACAGUCUGCUACUUGACGAGGACGUGGUGCCCAAUUUACAGGAGCUGUGUCUGCUGGGUGACUUCUCCUGCGAGGCAGUUCACCUGCGCAGCCCCUGCCUGCGACUCUUCCACACAGACGCCGACAACGACAUCAUCACGCUCAACCACAUCUACAUCACCGCCAACCACCUGUGCAAGGUCGCCUUGGUCGGUAUGCCGGCUCUCAGGACCAUGACAAUACAGUGUGUGAGUGUGGACGCCAUUGAGCUCAACUUGUGCAGCGACGACCAGCUACAACUCGACUCUUGUGUUAUCCAUGCUCUUGGAUCCAUUGGGUUCUUGAGGCUGUUCGACUGUAAGGUGAACCUGCUUUCGGUGUCGACGCCUCUCGCCAGAACAGUUGUCCUGUACAGGUGUCACGUGACAGAUUAUGCACUACAAAUGGCACUGCACGGUUGCCCCAACAUCAAUCAUCUAAACUUGGAAAAAUGUCGGAACAUCACAAAGGUGUCUUUACAAACACCGCCCCUGAAGUUCCUCAACAUGUUUGGAUGCCGCGACAUCCAUCGACUACAGCUGGACUGUCCGCAGCUACUGGCCAUCAACCUCGGACAAUGUCCGAACGUCCAGUUGAUCCUGGCCGGCGUGGAGCGAGAGAUCACCUCCAUGUGUGACAACGUCCAGAUUGUCACCCCCAGUGAGAACCUGCGCUGGAGUCAUGACUUUCCGCCUGAAGUUUAUCUAUGUGGAUGA